AUGUACGAAGGGAUUGACAACCUGAAAUCCCUUUAUGACCGUGCCGGGAAGACUUUCUCCGGCGGUCCUUCUGCGGCACAGGAUGUGCCGCGUCGUAUUGCUCAACCAGACCCAGUACGUCGAUCAUCAGUUGGGAGCGGGGCUCCCAAGAAUCCCAGGACGGGGGAUAGCCGCGCCACCGGACGAGAUAACUCGUCCGACGUCCGUUCACGUCGCGGUGGUUCAACAGCUGCUCAACUAGAUAGCGCUGGCCACCGCGAGAGUCCUCUAAUGGAGGUGGAGGAGGAGGAAAGACGCUCUCCACACGAUCAUGUGGAUCGGUGUGUUCCCGAGAGCUUCUUUGAUCGCGUAACGCAAGGGUUACGCGACGAUCUCGAACAUGAGCGGAAUAGGCGUCUCCAAAUGGCGGACACUGCCUCGAAGCAUCGAGCUGAGUUUGCCUUUGCUCAGCUUGAGAACGAGAGAUCUCUGACAUCUCUUCGUGACGAGCUAAGGGUAGCUCGUGGGAUUGCUGAUCGGUCUCGGGAUGAGAUAGCUGCUCUUCAGACCCUUGUUGAUGCCCACCAUCGGGAGCACAAGGCUCUCUGCGAGAUGCUUGAGUGCAAGGGCGUUCUUCAUCGGAAGAAGCAGCGUACUGAUGGUACGGCUUAA